GGAAUUGCCUCUUUCCCCUUCCUAAAUGCAAAAGACCCCCAAUUACACACGGAAAAAUUAAUAAACAGAACCAGAAUUUUACACUUUCCAUCACUUUCUCGCUCUCUCUUCAAAACUUUCCCGAGGGAAUUAACCAAACACAUGGACUCUUCGCCUGUCAACUGGGAAGCACUCGACGCUCUCAUCCUCGAUUUCGCCAAAUCAGAAAACUUGAUCGAGGACUCUUCGCCACCGUCUUCGCCUUCCCUCACCUCUCCUUCCUCUCCUUCUCUGUCUUCCUCUUCUUAUCGUUCGAGGUUAAUCAUUCGCCAGAUCAGGCGUUUGUUAGAGGCCGGUGACAUUGACGCCGCUAUCGAUCUCCUCGGAGCUCAUGCUCCUUUUAUCCUAGACGAUCAUCGCUUCCUCUUUCGGUUACAAAAACAGAAAUUUAUUGAGUUAUUGAGGAAUGGAACAAAGGAGGAUCGUGGCUUUGCAAUUGAUUACUUGAGGACCUCUCUUGCUCCUUGUGCUCUCAAUGCCUAUCCGGAAGCAUAUGAGGAAUUCAAGCAUGUUCUUCUUGCCUUUAUAUAUGACAAAGAUGAUCAAACUUCCCCAGUGGCAAAUGAGUGGGAUGAGAAGAGGAGGUAUGAGAUUGCUGGAUUAUUGUCUUCUGUUUUAAGAGCUCAUUUACAUGCAUAUAAUCCAAUCUUUUCAAUGACGAUGAGGUAUUUGAUAAGCAUACAUAAAGGUUUUUGCUUUCAACAAGGUAUUUCAUCACCCAUUUCAGAUCUUACUGAGAGAUUGCUUCUUGAGGAACGUGACCCCCCUGCAAUACCUCAGGAGAGUUUUUAUGAGGCGCCUCCAUUUUAUGAGGUGGAUAUACAAGCUCUCGCACAUGCUGUAGAGCUUACAAGACAAGGGGCUAUUGAUAGCUUGAGAUUUGCAAAGGGUGAUCUGUUUCAGGCAUUUCAGAAUGAAAUAUGUCGAAUGAGAUUGGAUGCUGCCAUGCUUGAUGAACUUGUUCGUGAGUACUGUAUUUAUAGGGGAAUUGUGGAAUCUGGAAUGCAAACACUUUCUGAAUCUUUCAAAGUGAACCAACAAGAGUCUAGGAAUUGUUCAUCACAAGACUGUUCUCUUGAUGUGGAUUAUAGCAGCACUAAGCGUUCAAAUAGUGAAUCUUCUGCUACUACAGAUCUGAGUACCAUGCAAGGAACUGAUGUUGAAUUAAGAUAUGCUUCUGAGCCAGCCAACAACCUUGAAGACUGUAGCACUAGUGGGUCAAAUCAAUCUGAAAAUUCAAGGCUCCUGAGAAACAGAAGCCAUGUUGCUGGUGAAAGAAGUAAACGCAAGCGAUGGAGGGGAAGACAUGAUGAACUAGAUAUUUCUGAUAUCCAUUCUAACCGAUGCGGGAAGCAAGAGGUUGGCACUGCAAUGCAAGUUGACGGCACAAAUAUACCAAAGACACAACAGGGAGUGGAGAAAAUCAAUGGGGAAGAAAAAUAUGAAAUUGUUCUGGGGAUGAGGGAACUAGCUAGCAGAGGAAUGGCUGCUGAGGUUGUGGAGGAAAUUAAUGCAUUGGAUCCAAGCUUCUUUGUGCAAAAUCCUGUUUUGCUAUUCCAACUCAAGCAGGUUGAAUUUCUAAAACUGGUUGGCUUGGAUGAUCAUUCUGGUGCUCUAAGGGUUGCGAGCUCCUAUUUAGGUCCCUUAGCGGCUAGUGACCCCAAUUUGCUGAAGCCCUUGAAGGAGACUUUGUUGUCACUGCUUCGACCAAAUGAAGAUGCACUUGUGACAGGCUUGCCUUUACAUGCUCUUGCAACUUCGCUUCAGGUUGCUUUUGGCAAGAGACUUGGUAUUGAGGAGCCUCAACUUAUGAGGAUAAUGAGAGCAACUCUUCACACACAUACUGAAUGGUUUAAACUUCAAAUGUGUAAAGAUCGUUUUGAAAGUCUCUUGAGAAUUGAUUCUUUGAAGGAAAAUAAUGCUCCUGUGCUAACUUCUCUGGCCACAUCAAAGUCAAACACCGAUAGUUGUACCCUGGGGUCUUCACAAGUUACUAUCUCAUCAACUACCCGUAUAUCAGAUGAUGGUAGUAGUCCUAAUCAAGCAUCAUCAAGAGAUGUUAUUUGCGAUGAGAAUGCAAUACUUAAAGUAAUGGAAUUUCUUGCUUUGCCAAGGGCUGAUGCAAUCCAUCUCCUUGCACAAAACAAUGGAAAUGCUGAGACAGUAAUCCAGCAAAUAUUUGCAUAGUUUUACAUGUAGAACAGUAGAGAAAUCUGAUUUUAUUUGUUUAUUAAUUAUUUGAAUAAUAUUAUUUUAUUCAAAUUUGUUGUAGAUAUAUAAACAAACUUUCAAAAAGGAUCAAGUUGUUAUUGAGAUUUUAUACA